CAGGAAGUUGAGUCCCUGGCGGAGAGGACAGGCAGGUGCGUCCGCGCAGCCGACCACAAAGUCGCUGGAGGGGCACACCUCGAUGACACGCUCACAGACGGGAGUUCAGACACACACUUCCUGGCUUGCGUGCGAAGCGGGAUCGCAGGGCAAUAAUCCCUCCAUCUUCCCUGGAAGGGUUUAGAGGCAGCAGCAGCAGCAGCCGUCUUGGAUAACUUUUGAUGGAUUCAGGAGGCCUGGAGACCUCUUGUGUGCCGGCACCUGGACAUAAUUUUCAUUCAGCCCUGCCCGAUGCCCCGACCUGGACUGCGGUGCCGAUGAGGAAACCGAGGCUUAGCGCGAUCCCUAAUCCAAGGCCACGACGAGUGAGCCUGCUGGGAUUCCAGCCAGGAGCCUGUCCCUGGGGAGCACUUGUCACAGCCUUACCCUCUUCCGGGAGGCGCCACACUUACCCUUGUGGACCAACAAUCGAAUUAACAUGCUGAUACACACAUGGGGUGAGUGACGCCCUCAAAUGCUUGCAAACACAUACACACACACACACACACACACACACACACACAACUUGGAAUUUCAGGAGCUGCUUCUGCUGUGUGUCCUGUUACUUAGAAGGCACAGCCCCCGCAGCACCCAUACAAAAAUGAGGUCUCCAAAUUAAGGUGCGAGGUAUGUGUGUAAACAGACUCUUACGGGUCUGAGCUGGUUCCUUCGCUCUGCCGUGUUGAUGAAGGUACCAAGACCCCUGCCACUUACACGGGACACAGAGAGUGAAUCAGACCCGAAGGUCUGUCGGAGAAAGGAAAGGAUCCAUGCUGCCCUAAAGGAAAUAAACUGAUGUGACAGCAAGUGCCAUGAAAGGUGGCAGCUGCCCUUCCAGGAGCCAGUGGGAGGACCUGGGUGGCCGGGUGGGGACACCUGCCAAGUCCUCACCUAAGCCAGCUACCACCCUACUCUGUUGGCUUCCCUUCUCCAACUGUGGGGACGCUGGUCAGGCCUUUCGUGACAUCACACCCGGGAGUCCUUGGGGUCCGGUCACUGCUGCUGGGCCCAGCGAGGUUCAAGCUCCGGUCGCCCUGCCCCCUACCCCCCAUGCCAGAUCAGGCAUCGUUGUGGGCAAACAAUUAUCUGGAUGAUCUUUAUGGGGCUUAAGCUUGGGUGGGAGCAGAUGGGGCAUGAGCUGGGGAUUUGGGGAUGGGGGGAAUCCACACCCCCACGUCCCGGACGUUUAAAAGGCCCUCUCUGGCACUGGGCCGGGGCAGAGGCCAGCAGGAAAGUGACCGGAGUCCAGGGACAUGAUGGAUCAGGAGGAGAAGCCGGAGGAGGGCUCAGGCCCCUGUGCCGAGGCGGGCUCCCCAGACCAGGAGGGCUUCUUCAAUCUGCUGAGCCACGUGCAGGGUGACCGGAUGGAGGGGCAGCGCUGUUCACUGCAGGCCGGGCCGGGCCAGACCACCAAGAGCCAGAGCGACCCCAACCCUGAGAUGGACAGCCUCAUGGACAUGCUGGCCAGCACCCAGGGCCGCCGCAUGGAUGACCAACGUGUGACAGUCAGCAGCCUGCCCGGCUUCCAGCCCGUGGGGCCCAAGGUAGGACGGACGCAGAACGAGCUGGGGACCCUCAGUCCCCAAACCCCUGCUCACCCUCAGGACCCGACCGCCUCUGGCUUCCGUCGGAACCAGCAAGCCCCCCAGCCCCGACACAAGCCCCCUGAGGGCCUGAGGCAUCUUGGGCCUUACUGCGCAAAAACUGAUAAAAGAUAA